UUUGUUAUCGCGACGAUGUCCGACCGAGAGGUCCGUGCCCGAAAGAAGCGGAAAGGAGCGUUAGAGAAAGGUGCAGCAGAGCUGCCCAGCACCCCUGGAAAAUCCUCAUCUCACAAACAUUCUGACUCGGAACUUGAGGACGAUUCCGCCUCGACCAGUGAGCCCAGUGCCACUGCUAAGGUCACCUUCUUAAUCAUCUUUGUAGCCCUUGCAAUAACCGUGGGAGCUGUUGUCAUCGCCCUCCGAAGUGCAGCACCCACAAUUGAAAUUGCGGACGAAACGGUACUAGAUGACAUUCAAGAGAGCAUCAUUUUUCCACAAGAUGAACAUGAGCUUGAAAGUGAAAACUAUGCAACAGAAAGGGAUAAAUCAAAUGAUUUGCAGCAAAGCAUUGAAAAUAGCAAUGGAAAUGGUGAUAAGCGUAAUUUCAACACAGACUCGACUCAAGAAUUGCAGUCUUCCCAACACAUAGUUCUAGAAACGACAUCAGCAGAUACACCCCACUACUUCGAUACCACACAGCCAGGUGAUGGUACCGAGGUGACUUCAGAGCACACUGAGGAGAUUGCACAAUCUACAGGGGAGCCUGAAGUUCCCAGUUCUACAGAAAGCGUCACACUUGCUCAGACAGCUCCGCUGAAGCAGGAGGAAACGGCCCAAGGGGCUUCACAGGAUGCAACUUCAGCAUCAGAGGGCAGUCCACCUUUGUCUGAUAUGCCUACAUCAACUCUCGAGACAAUGCAAGUAAAACCCGACUUUCCUGAAGAAGAGUCUGCCAUCACAAAUGAAUAUGAUGAGAAAAUUCAGGAUGAUCUGAGGGACUCUGAAGAACUGCUUGAAAAGUUCCCGGAGCGAGCACUUCAGAGGUUUAAGGAAAUCCUUCAGGCCCAUCCUUUAAGUCCUAGAGCUAGUUACGGAAAGGCCCAAGCUCUCGAAAAACUGGCCGAGCUCAAAAAGAGCAAUGCGAUGCUAGAACAGGCUAUUCAGGCCUAUGCCGAAGUCAUGAAGCUGCCCCAAGUGCCUGACGAACUGUACCUCAAAGCUGGGAACAGAUCCGUGGAUCGCAUGAGGUUUAGGGGAAUGUUAACUCGUGCCUUGAAGUUGCAGAGCGAGAUGAGCGCUAAGUUUCCGAAGAACGUGGGAAUAAAAAACGAGAUGGCCGUCUCAUUUCUCAUGAUUGGUAGAGGUCAGCAGGCGGCAGAGUUGUUGGAACAGGUCUUGAAGCAGGACGGGAACAGUGGAUUUGCAAAGGUGCAUUAUGGCUUCAUUUUGAAAACGGAGAGGAACGAUCUCCCAGGUGCCAUCAAGUACAUGAGCGAAGGGAUUGCCACCCGCGAGCCGGGAGUUAUUGACGGACGGUUCUACUUUCACCUGGGUGAUGCCCUGGCCAGGACGGGACAGUCUAAAAAGGCUCUAAGCAUUUAUAAAGAAGGUGUGAAAGAAGGACUCUUCUACUCCGUGUACCAACGUUCGCUGUACAACGUCGACGGCCUCAAGGCACAACCAUGGUGGGACGCAAAGGAGACUUCCUAUGCAGCGGCCAUUAGGGAAUUAGAGAGGAACUGGGUUGACAUAAAGAAUGAGGCCCUCUCCCUCAUGAACGACAAGGGCUUCCAGCCGGAAUCGGAAAACCUGCGGGAUUCGGGAGAUUGGAAGCAGUUUGAAAUUUACGCUAGAGGUCGCAGAAUUGAGAAGAACUGCAGGCUGGCUCCCAAAACUUGUGCCCUGAUUGCUAGGAUGCCCGAUGCUGCAGGAUGCAAGCGAGGACAGGUGAAGUUUUCACUGAUGCACCCUGGCACCCACGUGUGGGCCCACACAGGUCCCACCAACUGCAGGCUCAGGGCUCACCUCGGCCUUGUGGUACCGCCUCGGGUGCGCAUUCGAGUUGCCAAUGAAACGAGGGAGUGGAAGGAGGGAAAAGUGCUGGUGUUUGAUGACUCUUUUGAACACGAAGUGUGGCACGAGGGAGACCGGUUUCGGCUAGUGCUCAUUGUGGACUUCUGGCAUCCUGAGCUGACGGCAGCGCAGAAGGCCUCAUUGUCUCCAAUAUAGGGUGUCGGGAUGCACCCUUAAUAGGCUUUUCAAAGUUCUUCAGCGCAUUUUGAGAAUUACUUAAGGGCAGUCUAGUGUGAUUAUUUUUAAAUGAAAUCUAUUUGCAUGUUGUGUAAUCCCGAGAGAUGGCCCACUGCCAUCUCCUGUUUUUGUAUGCUCAUUAGAACGGGAAUUGUGAUGCACUGCUCAACGAACAGUCACAUCGUUCAAGAGCCGCAAUAACAGCAUCCAAGGAAGGUUUCUAUGUUACGUUUUCAAUGUGCAUACGAUAUACACAACUUGUUUACAUGACAGACGAUGCACCAUGCACAUCUUUCUGCUCCGGAGGUGUGUGUUGUGUGGUUCUUUUUUACUGCAAUUGGCGGCAGCUUUCUGUGGAAUUUUAGAAGUGAAGAGUGGGUAUCCACUGCCUUUAUUGGUGCUCAAUUUGGACGAAUGCAUGUGCACCCACUGCUUUGACUGUAUUGACACAGAAACUUGUCUCCAAGUAUAACAUUACAUGAUGAGCAUCAACAAGUGCUGGGCGGUUUCUUUGUUAUGGUGACAAUCUUUAUGUUGCUUUUUACAAGCACAUAUAUGUGCAUAUGUUAUUGGAAUGGCCUCAAUACAAACAUUUCUAUGACCAUGUCAAAUGAAAACUUAAACUUUUCAAAGGGAAGGAACAGAAAGGUGGACACACAACUUCUCAAACUUGGCUUCCAUUACCUUUUUGUCAAACCCGGUGCUUGAAUUUUCGCUGUGUGUGAUGAGCGGGCGAUGAAGCCACUCUGUUGAUACAUGUUUAUAACCAGCACCUUUUAGGUAGGCCUUUUUUGUUAGUGACAUUCAUUUGAGAAUAAUAUGCAAUGAAUUUUGAAAACAUA